GCUCGCGCUCCGGAGUUGUGAAGAGAAGUUGUUGAGAAUCAUGGCGGGUUGGAUGUCUUUUCAUUGCCACAGGAAUAAUCUGUUUUUAACCGGAUUGAAAGCGACAAUUUUGAUUUUCAUGUAUAACCUUUCUGGGGUCAGCACAGAACGAGUUAUAGUUGAUCCACAUAUUACAGCAAUUUUGGGAAAAAAGAUUGAGCUGAUGUGUGUGGUUCACGUUCAAGACACACUGACGCAGAUUUCUUGGGAGAAAGUUCACAAUGGAGGUACACCAACACUUGCUGUUUUUAAUCCGACAUACGGAAUCUCUAUUCCUGAGGAAUAUCGGGAUAAGGUUUCAUUCAAAAGCCCCUCUGUGAAUGAUGCAACCCUAAUACUGGAAGAAGUGAGCUUUACUGAUGCUGGAGAAUACACGUGCAAGGUGAUGUCCUUCCCUUAUGGGAACACACAAGCAUGGACCACUGUUACUGUAAUGGGUAUCACAAUGGCAACCUCUACAGAAAACUGCUUAAGCAAUUCACUAAUAAAUACACCAGUAUUUAUGGUGAAACCGAAAGCACAGCUGCUUACAUUGCUGCGCUGCGGCGGUGCAGAAAAGGACAUUUUCACAAUGAAAGAGGUCAUGUUUUACCUGGGGCAAUACAUCAUGGAUAAAGAGCUGUAUGACAAGAAACAGCAACACAUAGUCCACUGUUCUAGUGAUCUUCUAGGAGACGUUUUGGGAGUACACAGCUUUUCUGUGAAAGAACCACGGGUAUUGUAUGCAAUGAUCUCCAAAAACCUGAUAGCUGUCAAAAAUCCAGAUCUCCACACAGCCUUAACAGAACCCAGGUGUCAGAGUGAAACAGAUAGAGGCCCAGAGGUAUCUGGCUGUGAUUCCAAUGAAGAGAAUGGUGCUGCAUGUAGUCCAGAUACCGCUGGAAGGAGAAGUCAGAAAAGUAACGAAUCCGACAACACAUCUGCAGAUGAUGAUAAUGAUGAGAAGGAGGAGAGUGGGCGGCGUAGGAAAAGGCACAAAUCUGACAGCAUCUCGCUCACUUUUGACGAUAGCUUGUCGUGGUGUGUGAUUGGCGGAUUGUGUCGGGAGCACGGGAGCAGUGAGUCGUCCUCGGAUUCUCCCACUAAUCCUGAUGCUGACAUUGUUUCCGGCAGCGAAGACUCGGACGAAACUUGGUUCAGCCAAGAUUCCGACUCGGACCAUUUCAGUGUGGAGUUUGAAGUGGAAUCCGUUCACUCGGAUACUUACAGUCAGAACGAAGAGGCGCAGGAUCUGACUGAUGAAGAUGACGAGGUUUACGAAGCCACCAUCUUCGAGGCUGAAGAUGAUGACUCCUUUGAUGAGGACACAGAAAUUUCGGAAUCAGAUUACUGGAAGUGCUCAAAGUGCGACGAACUCAACCCACCUCUUCCCGGCCUGGAGCCCUGCCUCCCCCAGAGCAGCGUGGAGCCCUGCCUCCCCCAGAGCAGCGUGGAGCCCUGCCUCCCCCAGAGCAGCGUGGAGCCCUGCCUCCCCCAGAGCAGCGUGGAGCCCUGCCUCCCCCAGAGCAGCGUGGAGCCCUUCCUCCCCCAGAGCAGCGUGGAGCCCUUCCUCCCCCAGAGCAGCGUGGAGCCCUGCCUCCCCCAGAGCAGCGUGGAGCCCUGCCUCCCCCAGAGCAGCGUGGAGCCCUGCCUCCCCCAGAGCAGCGUGGAGCCCUGCCUCCCCCAGAGCAGCGUGGAGCCCUGCCUCCCCCAGAGCAGCGUGGAGCCCUGCCUCCCCCAGAGCAGCGUGGAGCCCUGCCUCCCCCAGAGCAGCGUGGAGCCCUGCCUCCCCCAGAGCAGCGUGGAGCCCUGCCUCCCCCAGAGCAGCGUGGAGCCCUGCCUCCCCCAGAGCAGCGUGGAGCCCUGCCUCCCCCAGAGCAGUGUGGAGCCCUGCAUCAUCUGCCAGAGCCGGCCCAAGAACGGCUGCAUCGUUCACGGCAGGACGGGCCACCUCAUGGCAUGCUACACCUGCGCCAAGAAUCUCAAGAAGCGCAAUAUGUUAUGUCCGGUCUGCAGACAGCCGAUACAGAUGGUGGUGUUAACCUACUUCAGCUGAGAGCAUGCACAGUAAAGAGAGCUAUUUAAUAUAAGCAAAUAUUAUUAGAAUUAUAUGUUUGAAGAGAUUUUUUGUGUAUUGUUUUUUAAUGCAUAUUUUUCUUGUUCUAAAAUUUAAAUAUUUUGGGAAAACUGUAUUGUUAAAAACAUAGAUGCCUUUUUGACAGGUUGAGAUCUGAAGUUUAAUGUCGCUCAGAAAAGAUUAUUUUAAUUUUUUCUUUUAAAUCUGGUUUUGGACCAAUGAUUGUCUCUGGUAACACAUAAAUGUCAUUAUUUUGUUAAAGUGGUACUGCAUUUCUCUGCAUGUAUACACUGUUGAGAAUACUUGAAGUCGGGGACCAUUCUAAAAUGUGCCUUUAGCGAACAUGCUUCAACCUGUGAGUUCAUAAAGCAGUUCUGAUAGCUAUGAUCAGUGGUUCUCAUUUAUGGCUCUUUUGUUCAAUUCAGUUCCAUUCCAGGACCUACCAUCCAUGUCCUUAAUUAUUGAACUGAGCCGUCCAGAGCCUUGCCCCGACCUGGGGGGCGCUUCCCCUAUAACAGCAGUACUUGUGACUCUAAGAUUAUUCUGCUUCUGAGCUAUCUUCCUGUGUAUUUCCCAAACCUCUCGAGAUUCUCACAAGCAUCCAUUUGGUUUUCAAAUAUCACUCAAGGGUGUAAUGGUGGAGGAACAAGUUUAGUCAUUUUUGGUUGAAAUCUACAACGAAGACUUAAGUGCUAGGUUUCUGAAGAUUCAAAUAAAACUAUUCUUUUUAAAGCAGCCAUACACUAUUGUCUUAUCCCGAUUCUUAACCUCCAUUGACAUCAGUACAAGUUCAGGAACCUCUGGAAACACUUAGAGGUUUGGGACUCUUGUUUCAGUGUAGGCUUGGUUAAAGUAUUGUA